GCGUGCGUUAAUUUUUGCAUUUUAAUUUAUUUAUUACGCAUUUUAUUGUAUUAAUUCAAUAAAAUUAAACUACAUAAUUCUUAAUAAGGAACAUUUACUUUGUUUAAAAAUAAAAAUUUAGAAAAAAAAAGUUUAAUAUAAACGCUACGAAUUAAGUAAACAUUUGAAAGUUCUUCGACGUUGUUGACACAGACUUAACCCGUCCAACGCCCCAGAUUUUCCGAAGACAAUUCUGACUCAUUUCCGAGUAUAAUUCCCGAUAUUUUAACUAGUGAUGAUUUCAUUUUAAAGAAGCUGUGUGAAAAUUAAUAAAUUGGUUUAAUUAGUGAGACAAAAUGUUUGGUUAUGUGUAUACGAUUUUGUUAAUAUCUUCAGUUUUUAUUAGUUGUAGUGGAGAAUGUGUAAUUCCAGAAAUAUUACGAGGAAGUUGGUUUUCAUGGGAAAGUAGAAAUGUUAUAACAGAACUUGAUUCAAAUUCAUUAAACAACGGCCAAGGUUAUUGCGAAUUUAUAAAAAACGAUUUUAAUCAAAAUUAUACAAUAGUAUUUAAACAAGGGUCAUGUUAUUCAUGCAUGAAGUUUCUUGUAAGAACAGUGAAUAUUUUGGAAAAAAUUCAAACUGCAUGCAGUACAGUUCCAGACCAUUUAGUUUCCCUUGAUUACAUCUGCAAAGAUCUUAGGGAAAAUCAACAAUUUAUUACAUUAUUUUUGGACCAUUACGCCCCUGUAAAUUGUCGAUCAUCCUUUGAAGGACUCUAUAAUUUUGGUUAUCAAAAUACUUUUAAAUUUACCGGUGAAUGCCGACACCCAGAUGCUUUAAUAAAAUCAUGUCAAACACCUGGAUCACAAUUUUUAAUUGCAAAUCAAAAGUUUAACAUUACUUAUCGACAGUGCAAAGGAAUGACUGGAACUUUCGAUGGGGUUGUUGAGUACGCAUGUUUAGGAGAUUGGAUUGUUGGUAAAAAUCAUUAUUUCGCCGUUGCAAAUACCAAAGAAUCGCGUCAAGAUGAAAAAUACCGCUGUUUCUUAAAAAAUCGCGAUGACGAUUUGUACCUGGGUGUUUCAAUUACAGCUGAAUGUAAUACACUAAAAACUGUUGAAAAAAGCCCUGAAAGAUUGCGUGUAACUCCAGUUAAAUCUGAAAUUGUUUAUCCCGGUUGUGAAUUUCCAUCAAAUUUUACUGGUGAAUGGAUAAAUACUGCAAAUAUAGACGCAGAUGUAGUUAUUAAUAAAACUCAUAUUAUUGAAACUUCAUACCCUGAUGAAGGAAGAUUUAGAAGAACAAUUUAUAUUUGCCAACAAAGGCGAGAUACGCGCGUGAUGAUGGCAAGAUUAACUGUGGAAGGUUGUCAAAAAGAUUUUGUUUGUUUUGAUUUUUUGCCCAGACAUCAUAAUGUUAUAAGAUAUCGCAAAGGAAUUCCAGUUAUUAUACAAGAUUUUUCGACAGUGUGUUCUUGGGUUCAAUUUAAAAACAAGAUAAGAUGGAAUUAUAGUUUGUUUUUAGCAAAAUAUCCAGUUGCUGUUCGAUGUCCUAUUGCUGGAAAGUUUAAUUUUACACAGAAAGGUGAAGCUCCUUUUGAAACAAGGAUAAUGGGUGGUGUAACAAAAAGUCCAAGACCAACAACUUAUUGCAAACAAAACAUAUCAGAUUUUUCAGUUUGCGAUUCUGAACAAAAAACCAUUGCAAUUGAUGAAAAUUAUUGUUUAUCUGUUGAUUAUUUAGGACGACCUACAGACAUUUACAGCGAUCCUGAUUAUACAAUGAAAUGUAUUGGUUUUUGGAAAGAAAAUUUAAAAUCUUACUUAAUAACUUAUGAUGAAUUGGAUCCUUUCUCAAAAUAUAGAUGUUGGGUUUAUCAAAGAGCCGAUUUGAAUCGUGUUUUAAUGUCACAAGGUAUUGGUCCAUAUUGCGACUUAAACCAAGAAGUUCAAUCAUUUAAUAAUUCCGAAGGGGCAGCUGUUGCUUUAGAUAUGCACGAAUACGAAAGAGAACGUGAUCAAUGUCCAUUACAUUUCGAUGAUGGUUCAGAUCCAUGGAGCGAUACUGAGUCAACAAAAAUGGUUGUAUUUAAGUUUUUACGAUCAAAUUCAAUCCAAUUCAAACCGCUUGUUCUUAUUUAUCCGUGUUCAAUUCUCUUAACCUUAUUAAGAACGUAAUUUAAAUUUUUAAACUUAGUUUUAAUUGUUUACAUGGAGACUGUAAUUAAUACAUAAACUCGAUUAUUUUAAAAUAUUUUAUAAACAGUUAUCGUAUUGGACUUGUAAAUAACAAAGAUGAUUAAUGUGAAAUGGAACAAAUCCGUCCCUUUAAGUAUAUUUUAUAUCUUUAAAUUUAAGAAUCUCUUUUUUAAGUAUUUUUUUUGACAAAUCACUAAAAUUAAUGAGGUUGUAUAACAUUCCAUUAUAAUUACGUUUAUAUUGAAAUAAAAAAUGGAAAAAAAUUAUUUUUUAUUAAAAAUUCCA